UUAACAGUAGAUCAGUAGUAUAAACUGGGGGCAAGCACCUGCGAAGAACGGACACAUUCCAAGCAGGCAUGCGGCUGGCUCSAUGCUAAGAUCUUAACAGCAUUACUGGUAAUACUUCAGUACACUGGGGGCAAGUACCUGUAAAGAACGGACGCAUUGUGCUGAGUGUUUGGCUGGAGAGUCACAAGACCUCCCCCAGCGCUAUAGAAGCUCAGGUCCGACGAGCAUCGAAAAUCAGUCUUUUUUCCCAGUUGUUGGAGUUUUUCCUCCGUGUAGAAAUCCUACCAAGGCCUACACAGUGAGAAUGUCGGAAUCCAGCAAAAAUGGGCGAAAACGCGACGACGAUGCUGAAAUUGUCGAAAACAGUUGGAAGAGGCAAAAGCAUAAGCAUAAGCCCACCCCCUGCUGUAAUUGCACUGUACUUAGCACCUGCCAACGGCUCCCAGUAGGCUUGGUUGCUGGAUGCAGCUGUCUUGGUCAAGGAAAGAAGUGUGUAAACUGUUCCUGCUUCAAACGUUGCAAGAAUAAAUACACAUCUAAAUUGCACCCAACGACUGGUGGAAUUGAAACCUUCUUCCCAACCAAGCUCCCCCCCCCCUCCAAUCCCUCCACAUCAACGUUUCAAGGGACCCAUCCCUCCAGGGGCUGAUCCCACAGCUUUCAGACCCCCUCCAGGGGCCCCUGGACAGACUUACACGGAUUCUUCGGAUUAUUCCGACGAUGAUGAUUCUUCGGACGACAAUACAAAAGCCGAUGAUGCUGAUGAUGAUGCUGAUGAUUCUUAUUCCAAGAAGGCCGCAGCCGCUGAUGAAGUUAAGGAGGAUUCUGACACCAAAACAUCAACAAACCCUUGUUGCCAAUGCUCAAAUAGAGCAACUUGUGCCCAGCUCCCCACAACCAACAGGAGAGGCUGCAGCUGUCUACAGGCCCGGAAGGGCUGUGUAAACUGUAAUUGUACGCAUCAAUGCAAGAACAAGUACAAUGCACACAACACUGAACACAACGCUGCACACAAUGCUGCACACAACGCCAACGGCAACAAGACCACAAAUAACAACAAAAGGGCCCCCAACCACAGGCACAUCCAACUCACACAGGAUUCCGACCUCCUAUUCACAMAGGAAUCCGCCGGUGGGAAGGGGACCAAAGGCACUCGGGGAAGGACAUCCGGAGAGGGCAACACCGACACCAAAAACAACCAUAAAAACAACAUUACAAACAACACAACUAACCCGGUCKACGUUGCACUCACACAGACCCCUUCCAUCCCCCCGAGAGGUGCAUCUGCUUUGGAGGACUCCUAUGAUUCCGAUGAAUAUUAUUAUUCCAAUGAACAUUCCUGUUCCGUUUCCGAUGAAUAUUACGGUUCCGGAGAGUAUUACGAUUCCAAUGAAAAAUAUAGUUCUGAUGAGUAUUACAAUCCCGAUAAAUCAUACGAUUCCGAGGAUCCACCAGCCCCAGAUGCACCAACAGCUGCAACAGACCCAGCAGCAAACAGCACAGCUGAGAAUGUUGCAGCUAUUAAUACAACCGGAGCCUCUUUGGGGGCUUCACAAGCCUCCGAGGAUGCUGGGGCGGCCGCUUUGGAUGCUUUAUUGGCAAACGCAGCCGAGGACUCACAAUCUCCCUCCCAAGCUUUGGAGGCAUGCAGAGAUGCACGUGAGGAAGCUUUGGAAGCUUUAGUGGCGGACGCAGYCAAGGACUCGCAAUCUCCUUUCCUGGAUAAUUCACAAGCGUCCAUCCCUUCCUCUUUCCUGGAGGCUAAUAAAGCAGCUAUUAAGGAUUCAUCAGAGACUGAUGCAGAGGCUUCUCCAUCUGACGCUCCGGAUACUGCAAAUAAUGCAAGCUCAGCUCCAUCGAACGCUCCGGAUGCAAAUAUUGCAGCUUCAGCUUCAUCGGACGCUCCAGAUACUGCAUUUAAAGCAGCUUCCGCUUCAUGGAACGCUCCGGAUAUUGUAAAURAUGCAGCUUCAUUGAAUGCUCCGGAAGCAUAUAAUGCAGCUUCAGCUCCAUCAACCGCUCGGGAUGCAAACAUUGCAGCUUCAGCUUCAUCGAACGCUCCGGAUAUUGCAACUAAUGCCGGCUCAGCUUCAUCGAACGCUCCAGAUAAUGCAAAUAAUGCAGCUGCCGCCUCAUCAGCUUCACCGACUGGUGUGGAGGCAAAUGCGACCGCUUCGGAUGCAAAUAUUGCAAAUAAGACUGCGUCGGAUGCAAAGGAUGCGGCAUCAUUGACUCGCCCGGCAUCGACCUCCACCGCACCUCCUCCGGCCGCACCUCCUCCGGCCGCACCUCCUCCGGCCGCACCUCCUUGGAAGGUCCCUGAUGCGGAGUCCUACCAAAAGACUGCUCCUUGGAAGCUACUCCAGCAGCAUGAAAGGGAGAAAAAGGAGAAAUAUUUGGAUCUCUGCCAUGAGGCCCAUCGACACUUCACUCCUCUGGUCUACUCCAUCGAUGGCAUGGAAGGCAAGGAAGCAAUUGCAGCACGCAAACAGCUUGGUGCCAAACUUGCUGCCAAAUGGGGGCGCCACUACUCUCAGGUAUGCAGCCUUGUUAAAUCAAGAAUUGGAUUUGCUUUAGCCAGGGCUGCAAGCAGAUGCUUGAGGGGCACUCGCGACGCCAGAUUGAAAUUCAAUCAGCCCCUGGAUUGGAUUUCUCACUCUGGUGUCCGAGUGUAUGCCUACUAGCACAGUCGGAUUUCAUCUGGUCUAGUUUUUUGUUAGGGUUUCCAGUGUGGUUUCCCACUAAAAUAUAGUGCUCGGAAACGUCGGAGCAAGACAGCUUUGCUCCAAUGGAGCUCAGAAAUAUCGAUUCAAAAGCAUCGACACUCGUGCUUCGGUGCAAAUCGAACUCGCGUAGUCAGAUUUCACACUUUCGUGAAAAUAACACGCGAAUUCAGUGUGAUUUCUUGCCCGGUUUUUUCAGGUUUUUYCCCGUACCAUAUGAUCAAUCGUGCGAUCGUAUGAUUCGCUAGUAAUAGAACACUUCGGUGUGA